CCAAAUAAAAUGCAUAUCUUUAUGUCCAACAUCCAGUUUUCGCCCUGCCACAUUAUGGAUUUACAAACAACAAAAAAAAAUCCAAUAUAAUCCCACAAGCGGGAUCUAUGAAAUGUAGUGUGUAUGCAUACCUUACUCCUACCUGUGAAGAUAGAUUAGAAAAUAAGUACUUCCCAUGAAAUUCACGAGUCACACAAUUUGCAUAUUGAAACUUGUCAACCAAUAAAUUUUUAUUUUUAUAUGGUUCUUGUCUAUAUAUAUAACAUAAAAGAUCUCUCGAUUUUUCAACUCUACAGGAAGCGACUUCUCGAAUACCAGCAGUGCAAGAUUACACCACUAUAAUCACACAGAGCAACAACAACAACAACAACAACAUAGGCCAGUGUGAUCCCACAAGUGGGGUCUAGAGAGGGUAGGUUGUACACAAUCCUUACCCUUACCUUGUGUGAGGUAUAGAGGUUGUUUCUAGUAGACCCUCGACUCAUACUACUGUAAUCAUAAAGGAGAGUAUUUAUCAAACGAGUAUAGCAAUUAGAUCAUUGUGAGGUUAAACCAGUAUACAGUAACAAGCUAUUAUUCCAAAAGAACAGCCGGAUCUGUAAUAAGAUGAAAAAGCAAGAAAGGCUUAUGAUUCAAGCAGGACAAAGAAUUUCUGCUGGAGUAGCAAUUCUAGUGUACUAUAAAGUCAAAAGCGAAAGAGAGAUGCAUAGUGAUAGCAGCAAGAAGGGAACAAAUGACUAGAGGUCUUGCUUCAAAGAGAUAAGAGAUUACCCUUGUGUUUUGCAUGACAAAAGUGUAAAGAAAAUGAACAUUGGACCUAACUCGUCCCAAACAACUAGCUCGUGAUGUGAGGAUUGUCGGAGACAACAACUCGUAUCUUCAACCAAUAUAGAACACUUAAUAAUGUCGAAAAUAAAAUUAAGUAAAUAGAAAGUAUACCAUCACGAUUGUCGGACACAACUCCUCAUAUCUUCAACCAAUAUAGAACACUUAACAAUGUUAAGUAAAUAGAAAGUAUACCAUCACGAUUGUCGGAGACAACUCCUCGUAUCUUCAACCAAUGUAGAACACUUAACAAUGUAGAAGAUAAAAUUAAGUAAAUAGAAAGUAUACUAUCUUUAACAGCUUAAACGUUUAGAUGAGAUUAUCACACCAGUCAAGCGUCCCAGGUUCAAGUCUCACUGCCACCCAUUAUCACAAAGAAUUUUCACGUGAUGAAAGGGUGUGUUUAAGCCAAUAAGUAAACUAAAAUGUACGCUCUUUAACAACUUAAACUUUUAGAUAAAUAGCCACACAGUGUCACAAAAAAGAAGUCAUGUGAGCUUUUUGUCUGCACGAGGAAUCUUUCAGAGAAAAACUAUUAAGGCUUAAAAGUUAAUUAGGCGACAAGUAUUUUCGUGAUUUUGUCCAACACCUAUUAUCGGAUUUACCUUGUAUGCAAUGACAAUAUGUAUAAAGUACUAUAACUUCACCUAAAAUCUAUUGUAAGAGGUACCUGACAAUAUUAUGAAAAUUUUACAUAAUCAUGUCUUCAAACCCGUGGUAAGAGAUCACCUGUUUUAUUUUUAUAUCACCAAUUUCACUUAGAGUUUUAACUUAUAUGCACUGGCGGCAAAAGAACUUUUUCCUACACCAAGGUCAAAGUGACAUACAACAUGUAACGGACUAUAAUAACACUUACAGUAUUUAUCGACUUAGAAAUAAAGUAAUCACUUGUAGUAAUAGAUUAAAUUACACUGAUAGGGAUGGUGUUAAAUUUCUGGUAUAUGAGCUAAAUUCAGCUCACUUAUUAUGAACAGUUAUUAGAGAGGCGGACCUAUGCAAUAGGUAGAGGGGUCACCGACACCCGUAAAGUUCGGCAAAAAUUUCAUGUAUACAUGUAUAUGUUUUUAGAAAAUAGUGAUAUAAUAAUAGUGGUUUACCCUAUAUACAAAGCAAAUUUUGGUUGAAUCAAAAAGUAUAUCCACGACCUUCAAAUCUUGGGUCCGCCUCCGAUUAUUAGUAACUAUUUUUAGGUGAAAUGAUAGAAUAAAAGUUAUUUUACACCACCAUGAGUGUAGAAACAUUAGAUUCUUUAAUACUUUGGGUAUUAGAAAGCCAUUGCACAUGCACCAGUAUAGAGGCUUGUGAACAAAUAUUUCUCAAGAAUAUGCCCCUCCUAGCAGUAUAAAUUAAAGCCAUUGGUGACUGGUGAGUGGCAUCAAACACAAUCUGCAGUUAAAACAAGUAGUGAGAAUGGAGCCUUCAGGUGGGUUGAGCGAAACAGGAAAACAAGAAACUCAACCACAGAUUUCGGUACUAGGAAUGGGAACGGGACGACCUUCCGAUGAGUUGGAAGAAAAGGAGAAAAAAAGAACUAAAGAUCAAUUAUUUCAAGCCUGCAUGGACAAUAGGUGGACAGAAGUUAAGCGACAGUACAUCAACGACAAGUUUGCCCAAGAAUCCAAACUCACUAAAUCUGAAGAUACUGUUCUUCACUUAGCUAUCUCUUCUUACCAUCCACAUCGAGAUGACUCUUUACAGCAAACUCAUCUUGAUUGUAUUAAGGAUAUGGUGGCUAAAAUACCAAAGGAAAAACGAUUGUGUAUCUUAAAACAGAAGAAUGAAAAAGGGAACACACCUCUUCACCUUGCAGCAGAACUCGGAAGUGUCUCCAUUAUUGCGUGUUUGGUAAACCCACAAGAACCUGAACUCAUCUGGGAGACCAAUUCAAAAGGGGAAACCCCUUUAUUCGUAGCUGCUUAUCGUGGCAGGCUAGAUGCUUUUCUCUACUUACAUGAGUGUUGUCAAAAUGAAAAGAGCAGAAAAGAUCCAAUUGUACUUUGCAGGAGGGGAGAUGGGGAUAACAUUCUACAUGCAGCCAUCUCUGGCGAGUACUUUAAGUUGGCUUUUCAGAUAAUAGAUCGCUAUGGGCUACUUGUGAACCGUUUAAACUCAGAGGGCAUGUCUCCUCUACACUUUCUAUCUAGGAUGCCUCAAGUAUUCAAAAGUGGAAGCCAUUUUCGGUACAUAGAUAGCAUUAUCUACUACUGCAUAACUGUCGAAGAUCUAAAGAUAGAGAAAUAUAAAACUGAAGGCAUAGAAGACACAUAUCGUAGACUCCCAGAUAACUGGAAACUCCCAGAUAACUACCAAACACUGGUGGAGUUCUUGGAACUACUUUGGAAUGGGACUGCAAAUUUUCUUGAUUACAUUAAGGAAAUAUGUAGUGGGAAGCAAGCAAACAAGUCUAAAGCUCUUACUGAAGAAACUAAUGUGAAGCGAGAUAAGAAGUCUCCAGGCAAUCAAGAUGAUCCUGAGAAUCCCCCCAUUCCAGCAACUACUGGAGUAACUAAUGUGAAUCAAGAUAAGAAGUCUCCAGGCAAUCAAGAUGAUUCCAAGAAUUCCCCAAUCCCAGCAACUACUGGAGUAACUAAUUUGAAUCAAGACAAGAAAUCUCCAGGCAAUCAAGAUGAACCCGAGAAUCCCCCAGCCCCAGCUCAAGGGAAGAGAAAUGGCAACCUAUUUCCAGCCAACUACACCACCUUUAUCAAUUUCGUUAAAUUACUAAUGAAGAUUGUGCUAAUUGUAAUGGGUAUUGGACUCCAGAGGACAAAGAAAUUAGAGGAAAAGAAGAAGCACCAUCAAUGGGCAGUUAAAAUUAUGGAGUUGAUGAUUGAGAAAGAAGAAAGUUACAAAUUCUAUGAAAAUACCGGGGAGAAGCCUGAAGAUAAGGACCUCUAUGAUCAAGGCCUCUAUAAACAAAUUGGAAAACCUCCUCCAGCACCCCCUCCAACAGAUAUUAAUUUAGAAAAAGCAGAAGAACCUAGUAACAUUGCACAGAUCAAGCAACCAGCAACCUCAAGCACAGAUAACAAAAAGAAAGAUCAUAUCAAGUCUGAGUUGCCGAAGACCAAGGCGACACCCCUAUUAGUGGCAUCAAAGAUGGGUAUCGUAGAGAUGGUGAAGGAGAUCCUUAAAAAGUUCCCAAUAGCCAUUCAAGAUACGGAUUCUGACGAGAAGAAUAUCUUGCUUUUGGCUGUAGAGCAUAGGCAAACAGCUGUCUAUAACUGGUUAAUAGGACAAAAGUAUCCAGAAUGCGUGUUUUAUCAUGUGGACAAACAAGAAAACAAUGCAGUACACUUAGCUGCAUCGUUUCAGAAGAACGACUUGUGGCGCAUCCCUGGUACUGCGUUACAGUUGCAAGGCGAAAGGAAGUGGUACAAGUAUGUGAAGCACACUUUGCCAAAGCAAUCAUAUGUCCGUUAUAAUAAAAAAGGUCAGACACCAAGAGAGAUCUUCAGAGAGACGCAUGCAAAGUUACUCAAAGAAGGCACUGAGUGGCUUGUCACAACCUCAAAUUCGUUCUCUGUCGUUGCAGCACUGAUUGCUACAGUUGCAUUCGCUACAGCUUCUGCAGUCCCAGGUGGAGCCGAUGAUUAUGGCCGUCCACACCUUGAAAGUCAACCUGCUUUUUCAGUAUUUUCUAUUUCAUCACUUGUUUCUCUUUGCUUCUCUGUCACGGCCCUGGUGUUUUUUCUAGCUAUCCUCACAUCUCGAUGCCAACACAGUGAUUUCGAGAAAGACUUGCCAAGAAAGUUGCUACUAGGAUUAACUUCGCUUUUUGCAUCAAUAACUGCUAUCUUGGUCUCAUUCUGCGCUGCGCAUUUCUUUGUCCUCCAGGAUAAAUUAAAGAAAGCAUCAUUUCCAAUAUACGGGGUGACAUGCAUACCUGUGGUGUUUUUUGCAUUUAAUCAAUUCCCUCUCUAUGUUGAUCUCAUAAGGUCAUACGUCCAACAGCUACCACUUCGUAGCUAUAAGGUGUUUUAUACCGAUUCCUCGGGCGCAAGUAGCUCAGAUCAGAAAGAAGGUAAAGAGAAGGAUGGCUGAAACAGGUAGAGAUUAUGACAAGUGGUGAGCGUUGCAUGGUUUCCUACUUUAGUUUUCCAAAUAAGACUGGGUUGUUGUGUUUCAAAAAAUGUGGAAUUCCAGGAAAGGUUUCCCUUCGCUGAGAGAAGGCAAGGUGGAGAUAUCAUUUUUCUGUAUUUCCUGAAUAAACUUGUACUCUCUUAAGAGUUGCAUGGUUUCAUAUACGUUGUUUCUGUACUAAAGCUAGCUAAAAAUGAUUUUUGAUCCCUUAAUUUAUAUGAACUUGAGGGAAUCUUUGGGAACUCACCAUGUCUAGAUAGCGCAAAAAAUGUAUGUUCCUGUUUGUAAUCUUAUUCGGAAGAAGAAAAAGCUCAGCUUUUCAAGGUUCAAUUUUCAUUCA